AUGGAGAACGUAACAGUCUCCUAUGGGGAUGGCUCGGUGGGCCAUUUUCAAAGUUUCGCCGACUGGCAGAAGCACAAGGCGGAGGUUGCUGAUGACGGGCCAUCGACUGGGAUCCACUCCGGUGCACAGGUGGCUCUCAUCGCCCUGUACGCCUUCUCUGCCUUCUUCGCCAUUGUCGGGAACAGUAUCAUCAUCGCGGUGGUGUUUAUCAGGAAGCGGACGGCCAAGACGAACUGGAACGUGUUCUUCAUGAAUCUCGCCCUGACAGACAUCUUGAUGGCGUGUUUCUGUAUCCCAUUCACAUUCACACAGGUGAUGCUGGGAGAAUGGGUCUUAGGCGAGAUCAUGUGCCCACUCACUCUCUUCACGCAGGUUCUGACUGUUUCUGUCAGCAUCAUAUCGAAUACGGCUAUUGGCAUAGAAAGGUACCGUGCGGUCAUCCACCCUCUAGAGCCACGCGUCAACACGACCAAAGUUCGCCUGUCCGUGUUUUUCAUCUGGGUGGCAUGCGCUGUAGUAUCUCUUCCUCAGCUUGUUGUCGGAAGGGUAACGCAAGCUAUUACGAGCGAUGGCCAACCCGUCCUCUCGUGCAACGAACGCUGGCCGAAUCAAGACUACCGCAAGGCCUACACAGUGGUGAUGUUGUUCCUUACCUAUAUCAUCCCAUUGAUCAUUCUCGCCGUCAGCUACAGCAUCAUUGGGGCGACGCUGUGGGAGCGAAAGACCCCUGGGAAUGCUAAUACAGCCAGAGACGAAAAGCAGGUUGAAGACAAGAAGAAGGUGAUCAAAAUGUUAAUGACAAUAGUCAUUGUAUUCGGCUGUCUCUGGCUACCAAUUCACAUCAUCAAUAUGAUCCUUGACUUCAUUCCUUCCUUAUUUGAUGCCAUACCAGUCAACGUCUUUCUCGGGAUUUACCUGGCAUGUCACUGGCUGGCAAUGUCCAAUUCGUUUACUAACGUCUUGAUCUACUGGGCACUGAAUGACAGUUUUCGGUACGACUGCAAGGUCCUCUGGCACGUUCACAUUCGGAAGCGACAUCUGAGAAGCGGCAGCACAUUGAAUCAAUUCGAAUUCAGCAGGAAUCCAACAUUCCAACGCCAGUCGAUCACAACUAAUGCAGGUUCAUCCAUCAGGCUUGGGAACACCAAGAAUAAUGGCUCGCUAAAGUCGGGAUGGAAGUGCCAAAGCUCCGAUGAGGAAUCCCUGACCUCGUCUACGCCCCGCACACCCAUCUCCCCUCACAACCGCGAGCGCAUGACAUUCACCUUUGGACAAGUUGAUCCCAUAAUAGAAGUAUCGAGCACGUUUAAUUCCUCAGAGUGAACUCAUAUCGGAAUUUGAUAAAUCGAAUCCAAAUGACUUCGAGCCAUAUCACCAUUCGUAGCCGCUAAACAAGAAGCAGAAUGUGACCUUUUUGCCUCCUAAUUUCUGUUCAAUGUUGGGCAAAGCGCUUUGCUGUUCAUCCGUCAUU